AUGGCACGGAACACUCAAGUAGGGCUUGGGACCCCAAACUCAGGCCUGGCACCCUGUCCUCCCAUAGGGGUCCUGACGAAGCCCCAGCUGCCUCCGCCGUCCCCGAACAAUGGCUGUGCAGAUCAGGACGAGGCGCAGGACCAGGUGGAAGACCAGGACGGACAAUGCAGUGACCAGUACCGGACCAUCAAUGGGAGAUGCAACAACAAGAGGAGACCAUGGCUGGGGGCCUCCAACCAUGCCUUGGCCCGCUGGCUGCCAGCCGAAUAUGAGGACGGGCGGGCGUUGCCCUUGGGCUGGACUCCGGGCAAGAAGCACAACGGUUUCGUCCUCCCUCUGGUCCGGGACGUCUCCAACAGGAUCGUGCGCUUCCCCAGCUCAAGGCUGACCUCUGACCCAGGCCGGUCGCUCAUGUUCCCCCACUGGGGCCAGUUCCUGCUCCACGACUUGGCCUUCUCCCCCAAGUCUCCUCCCGGAGCAAACUACAUGCCCAACCAUGAUCUGUCUGUGUCCACCUCUUUGUUGGGAGAGGACAGUGUGGUAGGAGCCGAUUGCCGCAGGACCUGUGCCCGGAUACCCCCCUGCUUCCCCAUCGAGAUCCCGCCCGAUGACCCGCGCAUCACGACCCCCGGGGACUGCCUGCCCUUCUUCCGCUCGCUGCCCUGGCACCCAGUAAACGGCAACCGGGUCCGGGAGCAGACGAACCAGCGCAGCUCCUUCCUGGACGCCAGCACAGUGUACGGCAGCGAGGCCAGCUUGGCGGAGCGGCUGCGCAACCUCACGGAUGAGCACGGGCUGCUGGCCGUCAACCAAGUGUUCCGCGAUGAGGGCCGCGCACUGCUGCCCUUCGACUACGUGCUGGGCGACCCCUGCGUGCUCAGCAACCGCACUGCGCGCAUCCCCUGCUUCCUGGCAGGUGACCCCCGAGCCAGUGACACCCCCGAGAUGGCGGCCCUGCACACCCUGUUCCUGAGAGAACACAACCGGCUGGCCACGGAGCUGAGGCGCCUGAACCCCGGCUGGAGCGGGGAGCAGCUGUACCAAGAGGCGCGCAAGAUCGUGGGUGCCACAGUCCAGAUCAUCACGUACCGAGACUUCCUGCCGCUGCUUCUGGGCUCUCUUCAUGCCGCUCGCACCCUGGGGCCCUACCAGGGCUACUGCCCCAGCGAGGACCCACGGGUGGCCAACGUCUUCACCCUGACCUCGAGCUUCAGCCACAUGAUGCUGCAGCCCUUCGUGAUGCGCCUGGACAGCCAGUACCAGGCCUCCGGCCCCGAACCUCGCGUGCCCCUCAGUGCCAACUUCUUUGCCACCUGGCGCGUGGUAUACCAAGGUGGCAUUGACCCCAUCCUCCGCGGCCUCAUGGCCACCCCUGCCAAGCUGAACCAGCAGGACUCCAUGAUGGUUGACGAGCUCCGGGAGCGGCUGUUUGAGCGCCAGAGCAGGAUCGGACUGGACCUGGCAGCUCUCAACAUGCAGCGUGGCCGGGACCACGGCAUCCCGGGGUACAACGCCUGGAGGCGCUUCUGCGGCCUUUCCCAGCCCCGCACCCUGGCUCAGCUCAGCCUGGGGCUGAAAAACCCGGUCUUGGCAAAACAGUUCCUGGAGCUGUACGGGACGGCCAACAACAUCGACCUGUGGAUCGGGGCCGUUGCGGAGCCCGUCUUGCCAGGAGCCCGCGUGGGGCCUCUCCUGGCCUGUCUGCUGGAGAAGCAGUUCCACAGGAUCCGCAGUGGGGACAGGUUCUGGUGGCAGAAGCCGGGUGUCUUCACGGAGAGCCAGCGGCAGGCCCUGAGCAGCAUUUCCCUGUCUUCGGUCCUGUGUGACAACACGGGCAUCAGCACCGUGCCCAAGGACCCGUUCAAGGGAGGCAGCUACCCCCAGGACUUUGUGAACUGCACCCACAUUCCCAGACUGGACCUGUCUGCCUGGGAGGGCCAGUGA